AUGUUCCGAGAUAACGACCAGACAAGACCACAAUUUGUGUGUUCAACCCAGCCUUUAGCGCUGCUCUUGAGUCGAGAUUCAAUCUUGUGUUUCGAUGGUGAUGCCUACGGUCUUUUCUACCCAUGGAGAGGUGGACUGCGUCCUAACGUCGAGAGAGAUGAGGAUUUGAUCCAAUUCUUGGAUACCAAAGGUGCUUUUAGGCUCCCUCCCAUCGCAGAGCAACGAUAUCUUGUGAGUCUCUUUCUUGAUAACUUGUAUCCGUUUUACCCCGUGGUCAAUCGGAAUAUCAUCGACAAUCUCCAUGAUGUCCCACUCUUACUCCUCAAUGCCCUUUUCCUCACUGCGGUCAGACUUGAUAAACGGAUUUCACUGCACGAAGUACGGCCCCGGCUAGCAGAGUUUUUUCAGCGAUGUAAGUGGUUGGAAUUGAUUGAAAAUAAUAAGGUGGUGCUCAUUCAGCUGUAUCUCUUACUCUCGUUGCACGAGGAAGGUAUGGAGGGUAUGACGUCUUCCAAGCAGUACAUCUCGAGAGCCACCAAUCUCUGUGGAGAGUUAUGCAUCACCAACUUAGGAGCAGAUUCAGGUGAGAAUAUUCUCGAAGCUUCAAGCGGUUCUAGUGAUCAAAAUUAUACGAAACCGUUGCUCAGACGGAUUUUUUGGACUGCCUUAUGUCUUGACAGAAUAAUUUCAGCCACCAGUGGCCGCGAAAUGAGCAUCAACAGGAAAGAUCUUCUGGUAGACCGCAUAAUGGAGAGUGACUUCGAUGACGGUCCUCAGCAGUGUUCUGACUAUACUGUCUUUUCGCUGUGGCUUUCAAUUUGCGAGUUUGUCGAGCGAAUUCUCUGUGCGUUAUACCGUCCACCUCAGAAUCGGAGUGUUGAUCCCACAAUCACUGAAGAGGUCAAUGCAUGGCGGCCCCCAUCCGUAGUUGGUGAAUCAUAUACUGCUUGCAUUGCAUUUUUAAAAGUUGGUCACUCUUACGCACAACUUCUCGUGCUCGGGAGAGCCAUUGACUCGAUCUCUUUGAUGUUAUGUGAUGAGGAGAGUCUUCAUUCGGCAGAGAGUCUUUUGAGCCAGAUCCACAAAUGCUCCGAAGAAACAUUGCGAUUGGUGGAUCCACAAUACAUCAACCAUAACGUAAUCUUAGUUCAUGCGGUGGUACAUGUUAUUGCCCUUUUGCAACUUGAAUGCAAGAUCAGUCCCGACGCAGGUAAGCCCGAGUUUGUUGCAUACUGCAGCAGUCUCUCCAGAAACUCACUAAGAAGGUUGCAAAGUUUAAGACACUAUUGGUGGUAUGCGGGGACAGCACAAAUUUUGUGUCAAGAUUUAUUUGACUUGAAUAAGAGAGAUGCAACUUGA